AUUACGUUGUUGUGUCGACCAGCCUACCUUUGUCGAUCUUUUUUAUCUCUGUAAUGGAAAGAAAAGGUCAGGCUGAACCAACUGGAAACAGUGCCAAGAACAACGACAAUGCUAACACGAACGGUGAUUACUUUUCCAUAAACCGGACAGCCAAUUUAUUUCCUCAUCAAGGCUUGCUUUCUUCGCCAACCUCAGCUACCUCCUACAGCAGUACAUCAACCAUUUUUAAUCUACCCAAGUAUGGCGCAAACCGACAGUCAUCGAACUUGAACCUCUUAUUGUCACCUAUAGCCACAUCUCCGGCAUCUACCAAUAUCGAACCAUCUGCUACAGAGUCUUCAGAAGCAGUAUUUUCACCCUUGUCAGCAUCAAAUACAAACUCCUUAUUAAAAGAUUUUCUUCAUCCAAGUGUUUUGCAUGAACUCGAGCAAAAGGCCUCUUUUUUCUCCAAGCAUUCCAAGUCCACGUAUUUAACUUCAAGUCUUCCUCAUGAUUACCUAAAUACGUCUCUCGAUUUGCAGGAGUCAGCAUCUCAAAAGUCACCAAAAAGCAAGAAUGACAUGUCGCAGAUCCUAAGUAGCUAUACGCUGAUCAGCAAGAUCCAUGACGACAAACAUAGUGAUCCGAUAAACCAUUAUCUUGCUGAACAUAAAACAACGAAGCAAAAAUUUGUGAUAAGAUUCAUUCGACAAUUGACCGUGGGAACGCUUUGUAGACUUGUCAACAGCUACUAUGCGACAUACAGUCCCGAUUCCACACAACCUAUUGACGAAUAUCCCUCAUUUAAAGAUAUCUUGGAAGAAAAAAAUGAGCAUAGAGCUUGCCCUCCCGAUUUGCCGGGAAUCUACCCAUGUACAAAAUUGGAGUUGUUGGAAAAUCAAAACGGUAUCGUUGCUUUCUAUCCAGUUGCUGAUAAUGUUGUCCCUUUGAGUAAGAUGGAGUUUGAUUCACCAGUGGAAAUAACAACCAUAAUACUGUUACUAGUCAACAUCUUAAAGGUUUUAAAAAGCAUUCAUAAACAUGGUAUUGUCAACAACACGUUACUACCAAGUGAUAUUUUUGUUAAUCCUAGUACAUAUGAUGUUUUUAUCAUGGGAUUUGACUUUUCAUUCUCAACAGAUGUAGAUUUCCAAGAAGUUCCUUAUAGAUCUGCCAAUAAAAGUCAUUCAUUAAACUACAUACCUUUUACCGCUCCAGAAAACUUUCAAAAUUUAGUUCCGGUUGAUUUCAGGGCUGAUAUCUAUGGAGCUGGAGCUAUAAUCUACUCCAUAUUGUCAAAAAGAGUGUUCAAACAGAAUAACAUGUUUAUUUUGGUUGCUGCUAUCAUCACAUUGAACAGUACACCUUUACACAUCAUUGAUUCAUCGAUUCCAAUAGAAUUUUCAAAAAUCAUUUCUAAGAUGAUUGACAAAGAUGCAAAACUGCGAUAUUCGUCCCUCGACCAUAUAAUUCAUGAUUUGGUAAAACUUUAUCAUAAUAUCACCCAAACAAACAUACCUCAUGAUCCAGUUCCUACUUCGCAAAGUCGAAUACCCAUACUUAUUCCAUCCGAAUUGGUCGGAAGAGAUGAAGUGAUAAAAUCGUUAUCAGCAGCAUUAUCGUCCAAUUCUGUAAAAACAUUCACUUUAACUGGUGAAACAGGAAUAGGGAAAUCGUCCAUUUUGGAGAGCCUAAGAAUUCCAGCCAUGACUAAAAAGAUGUUUUUUACAGCCUGGAAAUGCCAAGAUUUAAACUACGUUACCUCUAAAUUCCAAACUUUUGAUUUGAUAUUGUCUCAGUUGUUAAGAGAUAUCUUAUCCAUGGAUAAGCUCGACAUAGCUUUUUGGAGAGAUCUGUUAUCGGUAGAGGUCAAGUCAGAUUUUUCACUGUUGUUUGAUACAGUUCCUGAACUGAGAAUACUAUUAGGGCCUCGCUAUGCUCACAUGAAACAACGUAAGAUGAAUAAGAAUGUUUAUCAAAAAGAGCUUGGGCAUCAAUUCAUUUUGAAAAAGUUAUUUGAGCUUUUUAGCAGACAUGCCGGUUGGGUACUAGUUAUUGAAGAUAUUGGUAAUCUAGCCGAAGCAGAAGCGACAGUCCUUGAAGAACUGUGGUCACAUUUGAAGAAUGAUUUCAAAGAAGGCGAACUGAAUUUCACUUUGCUGACUUCAUAUACAAUAAGGGGAGAAAAAACCUCAGAUGAUGAGGACAACAUCCCUUCGUUUUUGAGGAGCAACGUUAUGAUUGAAAUUCCUCGCCUAACAUAUGAAAACGUUGAGAGGUACUUGAGUUUAUCGUUGCAGUUGUAUGAUAGUCAAUUUUUGUGGAAAGAUAUGCAAUCGAAACCUAACUCAUAUUACUUCGAACUAUCUAGUAACGUUCGGAUGAAUCAAGACAGGAGACAAAUGGCAGAACUGUUGCACAAAUAUAGCCAAGGUAAUCCUUUGGUAAUCAACAGGUUUAUCAUCCAAAUGCAUUUUGCUCAACUAAGAUCAAAAACUUCGUUGAAGCCUAUAGAAGUGUUCAAAAGUAUUUUUGCUACAAUAAAAAAAACAGGCCCUAGUGGUGAUGUCUUUUUUGACUGUAAUUUGUACACUAAGAAUGUGCCAAACGACCACACAGUUCAGAUUUUGAAAUAUGCAGCAUGUGUCUGUGUUGGCAAUUUAUUUGACAUGUAUGACUUAUCAGUUGUGACAGGGUUUGACGUAUCCACCUUAUAUAUAGUACUGUCUACGGGGAUAAUUACUCAGACGCUAAAAUCGUGCUCAAUAGUUUCAAAACUGCCAGUAGAUCGCUUGGAUGAUCCGGAUUUUCCACUCAGUAAAUUAAGCGCAGUGGAAAAAAGGAAGUUGUUGAAAUAUACCAAAUUCAAAUUUUUUCAUGAAACUAUACAACAUCAGCUGAUACAGUCAUUAAAAGAUGCAAAUGAAUUAGAAGAGUUCCACAGAAAUUGUGGGUUAAGGUUAUUUGAAAACUUAGAAGCAAAAUAUGGUUCUCUGAAGCUGACCAGUGCAGACUGCUUCUCUAUAGCGUAUCAUUUCAUAAACUCUUGGAAAGUUGCCAGACCCGAAGAAUAUUCAAUUUAUACUAAUAUUCUUAUAACCGCAGGAUGGUAUGCGUAUUCAUCAUACGAGCAUGUUUCAGCUUUGCGUCAUUUCCAAAUAGCUAAAGAGUUGACAACUGACUCACAGAUUUUGAAGGGACUAGAAUGGGUCGAAAUUCACAUAUAUGCGUUGAAAGGAAAACAUGAAAAGUCUAUUGACCUGAUAGAGAAAGCUUUGGAAAAAUAUCAAGAAAACGUUGAGGAUGUGGCACAGUUUUUGAUUGCAAAAAUGCAAAGUUUAAGAUCAAUGAACAAUUGGGAAGAAGCUUAUGAGGUAUGUUUAAAUACAUUGAAAGUACUUGAGUUUCCUCUCGAUUUAUCUUCUCUUAGUGGUAAAGAAAUUGAAGACUAUACCAACUUCGUUUUAAGACCUAAGCUUCCUGCUUCUCCCUCUGAGAUUCGUGAACUGAGAAAUUUGCCUCUUUUAAAGAAGAGGAGAGUUAUUUUGGUACAAAUGGUGUUGAUGGAUCUCAAUCAAUUUUCAGUGUACUUGAAUAAGCCAUAUUUAUUUCCUUUUGCCAAUUUAAUGAACGUCAUCCUUUUCAUGGAAAAUGGUAAAUCCGUUUAUUCCAGUUUUAGUUUGAUUAUUCUUGGCAGUUUGGAUGCUACAGUGGAUGCCAAAGGAUUGAAUAGAGCUCAUGAAUACUGCAAAUUGGCAUUCAGUAUUGUAAGUUCAGAUUCACUAGAAGCCAAUGAAUUAUUUAUCAUCUCCUUCAAAUGGUACUGUUGUUUGGUCGGAUCACUAAUUGGACCGAUUGAUAAAAUAAGUCAAUCUUUUGAUUUGAGUAUUAUAAAUUCGAAGGCGCAAAUGGUUGAAACAACAUUUUCAAAGGGUAUCGUUGUCAAGUUCAAAUUUCAGCUCUGGAUUACUCAAGGUUUGACUUCUAAAAACAUAUGGGAAAGGAUGGAAGUAAUUCGAGACUUUUACAGACCAGAAAAUGAUCCUAGAGGCUUAUACGAUAAAAUUUACAAACUAGUCAUUGGUUUGUUAAGCGUUUUAGAAGGGAAUUUAUCUUAUGAUAAGUAUGUGGACGGUUGGCUAAGUUUGGGCCUAGAUUUGAAAUGUGUACACAUGGGUUUGACUUACAAUGUUAGUAGAUGCUUUUCAUGCUACAUUUUAAGAAAGUAUGAAGUAGGAGCUGAUAUCGCAAUCAGAGAGUUGGUUGGUAACUGGUCUGAAGAGCUCGCAUCAAUUGAGAUGGCGUGGGCACGCUAUGUUUUUGUCUUAAUUAUUUAUAAAGACAAAGUCAGAAGGUGUGAUAUCAAUGAUCCAUAUAGUGAUGAAAUAUCUGAAAAGAUUGAAAAUCAUCUAAAGAAUACCCAAGCGUUUUUCAAAGAGUUAUCGGCACGAAACCCAUCAGUUUUUACCUGUAUGUUUUUGACUAUUGAUGCACUCAUCAAAGUGAUGGAUGAAGAGGCAUUUUCGCAGAUAGAUAUCCUAGCAGCUUUUGAGAUUGCCCUUGCAUCAUCUGUUGAGUACCAUCAUUAUUUACUUGAAGCCGUUGUGGCGGAAGAAUGUGCAAGAUGGCUGAAGACUGUCUCCAAAACUAACACUAUGACAACAAAGUACCUGAAGAUUGCAUACAACGCUUAUAAAGCAUGGGGGCUCACACUCAAAGUUGAGCAAAUUGAACAGGAGCUAAUUCUAGAUAUUGACUUGAGCUUGGAUUUAUCUCCUUCCCCCAUUGUCAGAUCGCAAAGAAGAAAUUCAAGAUUCUAUUUUCAGAACGAUUUCAUUCCAUUUCAACAUGACUCAGAAAACAGUUCAGCCGAUGUAAGUGGCUCUUUCAAACUCCCUUCGGAUAAACAGCAGGAUAAAAGUUUUUCUAGCUACCCACUCAAUGCUCUCAAAGCUAAAAGUGAUGAUGGUAUAGAUGACGGUGAUAGCUAUACCUCAUCAAGAGCUUCAGUAGGAAUUCCUGCAACUUCAGUACCCUUGAGAGUUUCAGACACUUUAGUUUCUGAAUGUGGGAUAAGUGAAUCGAAUGAGCAAGAUUAUACUGAUAAGGAAAUGGAUUUGAAUAAUAUUGAGGAAGAAGAUUGGGAUAAUGAUGCAGUUAUGGGGUUGAGCACAAAGAUAGCUCUGUCGGAUAAUUUUGAAGACAUUGUAAGAAUGUUAUUGCUUUUUUCAAUCCAUCUGGUGAAUGCAGAUUAUGGCUGUUUUAUAUUGAACUCCGAUGAUGGUACUCCAUAUUUGACAGCGAUGUGUUUGAAGAAUGCUGAAGUAAGGUUUUUCACGCAAGAAAUUUUGUCACUCAAAGGCGAUGUCCUACCUGUAAUUCUGGUUGAGGAAAGUAUGAAAGAAAACAUGUCGAUAUGGAGGGACUCCGACAAGUUUUAUUUUGACACGACAUACAAGAACCGAGAUCCAUAUUUUGAGUCUAACAAUUGUAAGAAUGUCAUUUGUAUACCUGUUAAAAGUGGAGACUCUACUGUUGUUGGUGCGUUAUAUUUGGAAAACCAAAGAGAAUCUACUUUUGUUGCAUUAAAGAAAAUAGUUCUACUAGAAUAUCUAUGCUUGCAAGGCUAUAUUUCAAUGAGCAAAAUGAAGUUGGUUGAAAAACUCGAAGUGGCAAAGAAGGCAGCAGAAGACGCAACAGCAGAUAGAACCAAUUUUUUGGCAAACAUGUCACACGAGAUAAGGACGCCUUUCAAUUCGUUGAUGUCUUGUGCUAUAUUUUUGCUUGACACCAAAUUGACGAAGUCGCAAAGGAUGUAUGUCGAAACGAUAAGAAAUUCUGCCAUGGUGACUCUCAGUAUUAUUGAUGGAAUCCUUUCAUUUUCUAAAAUUGAACACGGGUCGCUUUUACUUUCCUUUGAGGCUUUCAACUUGACAAAGUGUAUAGAGAAUGCAGUCCAAUUAGUUGCUGAGCAAGCUGCAUUGAAGAAAUUGGAGCUAGUUUUUAUCGAUGAUAAUUACCCAGUUAACACAGUAUAUGGUGAUGAGACAAGAAUUGUUCAAGUGAUCAUCAACUUAUUGGGUAAUUCAACCAAAUUUACCAAUAAAGGGUAUAUUUUUGUCCGUAGUAGUGUCAAAGAGGUAGCAAAAGAUCGGUAUGAGUUUACUAUUACUGUCAAGGAUUCAGGAAUUGGUAUUCCUGAAGGGAGUAAAGCAAGAUUAUUCAAAAUGUUCAAUCAGCUUGACGGUUCGAGUAAACGUGUUUAUGGGGGUUCUGGGCUUGGUUUAGCUAUUUCAAAAAAGUUGGCAGAAUAUAUGGGAGGAGAUGUUGACUAUGAAAGCAAGGAAGGUGAGGGUACUAGUUUCUGCUUCACGCUUACCAGUAAAGCCGAAAAGCAUGAGGCAAAGAGAAUCGAAGGCAUAAAGGAAGACGACCUUGUGGCGAUUUUAGACCCUCGGGAGCUCAGCUCUUUGAGCUUGAAAAAGUGUGUUGAAAGGAGAGGAUUUGAGGCAAAGAAUGUUGAGAUUUUUGAUAAACUGGAUGAUGCAGCCAGGGCGAAAUGCAAAAAAGCAAAGUUCAUCUUCAUCUACCUUGAAGUCAUGAAACAAGAGCACGAGCUAAAGCAACUACGUGGAGAAUUCCCAAACAGUGUAAUCAUUUACCAGAUUCCUUUUGGUGUCAGAAUACCGGCGUUCAUAGAAGAAAGGGAUAUUCCUGGAGAUUCUGAGGCCAAACUAGUAGACUUUGUGUUGUUGACCCCGUUCAGAAGGGAGAAGCUAGACGAGAUCCUACAGAACCAGCCACAGGAGCCUGGGGCAUCCACCGGAAAAAAGCCAGAGUCUGCCAAGGGUCUCAAGCUGGGGAAAAGAUGCCCCUUAAGCAUCCUUGUUGCAGAAGACAACAUGAUCAACACAAAAAUGGUCAGAUUGCAGUUGAAGCGGUUGGGCUACGAGUCUGAUCAUGCCAAAGACGGGGUAGAGGCGGUGGAGAAAAGCCACCAGCGCUUUGCUGAGGUUGGUGCACCCUAUGACUUGAUCUUGAUGGACUUGCAAAUGCCCAGGAAGGAUGGAUAUGAAGCAGCCGAGGAGAUCAAAGCGGAGUUUGCUGACCGCACCCGAAUCGUUGCGUUAAGUGCCAACGUCUAUUCGGAGGAGAAGGCCCGCUGUUUGCGCAUCGGCAUGAGCGGCUUUUUGAGCAAGCCCUUGCUUCCGGAUAAACUCUCACUACAGUUGGAGGAGGCAUAUCUGCAGAAAAAGCCUUAAAGAAAUCCCCUGCUGGCCGCAUUAGCUACAUGUAUAUUAGAGAGUAAAUGCUAGAAAGUAAGAUAAUAGAGUUUGAAAAAACAUGUUGGGGC